CAGCCGGGUGAGGCUCAGAGCCCGUCCCACGGGCCCGGCCCCCGCGCUGACUAGACGGCGCCAGCCACCGCCGCUCGCGCCCCAGCCCUGAGAGGCAACACGGCGCAGGCCAACGGCGGCCGGGUCCUGGCGGCGCGCCACGUGACUCGGAGGCGCGGCCAAUCAGCGCGGCCCUCUGCGCUAUUCAAAUUGGCGGCGCGGCCGACGGUUGUGCCCAGCCUCGCCGCCGUCGGGGCCACCGAGCCCUGGGGUCGCCUGACGCCGCCAUGCACCGCGAGGGCCGCUGACAGACCUCCGGGCCCGCCGGGCGGAAUGGCGAGUCGGAGUGUGCCUCCCGGGCCUUAUCGGGCCACCAAACUGUGGAAUGAAAUUACCACAUCUUUUCGAGCGGGAAUGCCUCUAAGAAAACACAGGCAACACUUUAAAAAAUAUGGCAGUUGUUUUACAGCAGAAGAAGCAGUGGAUUGGCUUUACGACCUAUUAAGAAAUAAUAACAAUUUUGGUCCUGAAGUUACAAGGCAACAGACUCUCCAACUGCUGAGAAAAUUUCUUAAGAAUCAUGUAAUUGAAGAUAUCAAAGGCAGAUGGGGAUCAGAAAACCUUGAUGACAACAGUCAGCUAUUCAGAUUUCCUGCAAAUUCUCCGCUUAAAAGUCUUCCACGAAGGCAUCCAGAACUGAGAAAAAACAGCAUAGAAAACUUUUCCAAAGAUAAAGAUAGCAUUUUUAAAUUACGAAAUUUAUCUCGUAGAACUCCUAAAAAACUUGGAUUACAUUUCUCUCAGGAAAAUACAGAGAAAAUGAACCAUGAAAUGAUCAAUGAAGAUCAAGAAAACUCCGUUGAUAAUAGAGAAAUAAGCCAGGAAGAUGUUGAAGAAGUUUGGAGAUAUGUUAUUCUAAUCUACCUGCAAACCAUUUUAGGUGUGCCAUCCCUAGAAGAACUCAUAAAUCCAAAGCAAGUGGUUCCUCAAUACGUAAUGUACAACAUGACCAAUACAAGUAAACAUGGAAUAGUUAUACUACAAGACAAAUCAGAUGACCUUCCUCAUUGGGUAUUAUCUGCCAUGAAGUGUCUAGCAAAUUGGCCAAGAAAUAAUGAUAUGAGUAAUCCAACUUAUGUUGGAUUUGAACGAGAUGUAUUCAGAACAAUAGCAGAUUAUUUUCUAGAUCUCCCUGAACCUCUGCUUACCUUUGAAUAUUAUGAAUUAUUUGUAAGCAUUUUGGUUGUUUGUGGCUACGUCACAGUUUCAGAUAGAUCCAGUGGGAUACAUAAAAUCCAAGAUGAUCCACAGUCUUCAAAAAUCCUUCGCUUAAACAAUUUGAAUUCCUUCAAAUCAACUGAGUGUCUUCUUCUCAGUCUGCUUCAUAAAGACAAAAACAAAGAAGAAUCAGAUACUACUAAGAGACUGCAGAUAAGUGAUCAAGGAUUUCAAGAAAAAUGUGCUAAGAAAAUGGAGCUAGUUAAUUUUAAAAAUAGAAGAGCCAGUGCUAAUGACAUAAUGGGAGGAAGUUGUCAUAAUUUAAUAGGCUUAAGUAGUAUGCAUGUUCUAUCCUCUAACAUCAAACCAAGGUGCCAUUCUUUAGAAGGAAUUAUAGACUUACCAGGGAGUUCAAGUAAAGAGGUCUUCAAUGUCUUCCAUCAAUCUGUUCUGAAUAUAGAAGAACAAAAUAAUAAGCAGUUUUUAGAGUCUAAGACCGAACAGGAAUCCCUAAUGAAUCUUCAUUCAGAGGAAAGUAAUCAAAAGCCACUCUGUGUUGGCUUUAAGAGAACCUCUACUUUGACUGUUCAAGACCAAGAGGAGUUAUGUAAUGGGAAAUGCAAGUCAAAACAGCUUUGUAGAUCUCAGAGUUUACUUUUAAGAAGUAGUACAAGAAGGAAUAGUUAUAUCAAUAUGCCAGUGGCUGAAAUUACUGUGAAACCAAAUCUUGGACAAGGCAGCACAAGUGUGCAAACAGCUAUGGAAAGUGAACUCGGAGAGUCUAGUACCACAAUCAAUAAGAGACUCUGCAAAAGUACAAUAGAACUUUCAGAAAAUUCUUUAUCUCCAGCUUCUUCUGUGUUGACUGGCACACAAAGUUUGCUACAACCUCAUUUAGAGAGGGUUGCCAUCGAUGCACUACAGUUAUGUUGCUUGUUACUGCCCCCACCAAAUCGUAGAAAGCUUCAACUUUUAAUGCGCAUGAUUUCCCGAAUGAGUCAAAAUGUUGAUAUGCCCCAACUUCAUGAUGCAAUGGGUACAAGAUCACUGAUGAUAAACACUUUUUCUCGGUGUGUGCUAUGCUGUGCUGAAGAAGUGGAUCUUGAUGAGCUUCUUGCUGCAAGAUUAGUUUCUUUCUUAAUGGAUCAUCACCAGGAAAUUCUUCAAGUACCCUCUUACUUACAGACUGCAGUGGAUAAACAUCUUGACUACUUAAAAAAGGGCUAUAUUAAAAAUCCUAGAGAUGGACUGAUUGUUCCUUUGCCAACGUAUUCAUACUGCAAGCAGAUUAGUGCUCGGGAGUUUGAUGAACAAAAAGUGUCUACCUCACAAGCUGCAAUUGCAGAACUUUUAGAGAAUAUUAUUAAAAACAAGAGUUUGCCUCUAAAGGAGAAAAGGAAAAAACUAAAACAGUUUCAGAAGGAAUAUCCCUUGAUAUAUCAGAAAAGAUUCCCAACCACGGAGAGCGAAGCAGUACUUUUUGGUGACAAACCUACAAUCAAACAACCAAUGCUAAUUUUAAAAAAAUCAAAGUUUCGUAGUCUAAGGUACUAACUGAAUUAAAAAUUACAAUGUAAUACUUAUGGAACUUUGGUAAAUGAAGCCAUAUCUAAGAAUCUAGCUUCUAAAAAAGAAGUCUAUUUAUUAAUAAGGUUUUUCUAAAUAAAACACGUAUGUAAAGAGGUACCAAAGUAAUUUUUUAUCAGUGUAAGACUGCCAAGAAACUAAUAGGUUUCAACUGAGAGCAAAUAACAAAAGUGGUACCAGAUACUUUAACCAGUAACAAUCUUUUUUUUUUUUUUUAAUACAA